UAAGAUUCAAUCGUACAUAACCUCGGAUGCAAUUAGCACACUCGCUAGCGAGCCAAAAGCGAGCAACGUGCGAUUAGUGCUAGUAUACGACAUUCAUCGACUUCGAACUUCGAAGUCAACGUCAAAUGUCGGUUAGGUCCCUCGCCUAGCUACCGAUAAUCAAUCCUGCUAAGCACUACUAAACGCCGACCCGCCGCAAUAUCUCAUCUGGGCAAUGAUCACAAUCUGUUGGAUGGUUUUUAUCCUUUGCGACCUUGUACGCUGUCGCAUGUACAUAGCCUACGGAAUAUUUGAUAUCCGGAAACACACAACAAGAAACGCAGUUACUCACCAUCAUCAGCGUACGCACGAUCUGAGUUCGCCGUUGUUCAAGCAUCUUUGUAUGAUGGCUGACAGCUGUUCUUCAUUUUCAACAAAGGUGGUGGUGAGAUGCCUUUUGCAACCAGUGCUAAUCUCCGACCUAGAUUGAACUGUGUUUAAUAAAUCGCGAGCAGCGAAGAUUUGGACGGGGGGGACGACUAUGUGAAUGAUUUCAGCAGUAAGUCAGUCUUCAAUGCACAAUGGUACUUGAGCGUCAAACAUAUGUUUCUAUAACGACUGCUGGGAAAUGGGAGAAAUAUGGGUAAUGGACGUACCGGUACGCCAUUACGAAGGAAUCCAAGGAAGGUUCAACUUGAAUGCAGUGGGUGAGUGUCAAAGGCGAGAAAUUAGGGCAUGCUUAUCAGCCCUUUACUUUGUCUUUGUUACAAAAAUGCCAUGGCUCUACCUGGCUUUCGUUCGAAAUACAAUCUCCCUUUGAUGUUCUCCGGAAUUUCUGUCACAAGAUUACUAGACAAACGAUGGAAG